AACCUGGCUUCCUGCUUUCCGUAGCUCGGGCCGGGCGACGUUGGCAACAUGGCGUCCUCAGAUGUCCACGUCCGAUACUGUGAACAAGAAAUACUCAAAUAUGACUUGGAAAUCAAAGCUCUCAUCCAGGAUAUCAAUGAGUGCACGGGGCCUCAGAGCGAGCUGACGGAACUGAACGCAGACGUGAAAAAGAGUUUCCACAAUCUCCGACUGAGGAUCCAGGAUUUCGAGCAGAUUGCCAUGGAGCAGGACAAAGAGUCGGACAAGCAAGUGUUGAUCAGUCAGGUGGAGGGACACAGGAAACAGAUGAUGAGUAACCAGUUAGCUUGGAGGAAAUCGAACCUCGCCAGCAAACUGUCCAUAGACAAAAUGGAAAAACAGGCACUUCUUCAUGGAGACGACGGCACUGUGAGGCAGAGGAAGAUGACCAAAGAGGGCCUGGCCCAGACAACCAGCGGCAUUACAGAAAAUCUAAUGAGCAUCAGUCGGAUGAUGGCGCAGCGGGUUCAGCAGAGUGAGGAGACCAUGACGUCACUGGCAACCUCCUCAAGGACAGUCCACGAGACCAAUGAAGAAUUCAAGACCAUGACUGGGUCCAUCCAGCUCGGGAGAAAACUCAUCACCAAGUACAACCGCAGGGAGCUCACUGACAAACUGCUCAUCUUCCUGGCGCUGGCUCUCUUCCUCGCCACAGUUCUCUACAUUCUCAAGAAGAGACUGUUCCCCUUCCUGUAGACCAAGGUACCUGCGAGGAGGCUCUCCCAGAAAAAAACACACACACAGUACUUUCCAAGGUUCGCCGCAAAUGAUUUAAACAAAUCUAAACGCUUCGUGUCAUAUUACACGCACAUUAUUCACUAGUGUCUGCUCAGUGGAAUGUUGUCUGCUCACUCGGCCGAGCUGUGAUUCCGCUCCGGGCGAAAGAUUGUUCACAAAGUGUGAGAAAGACCUCUGCAUCAAUAUCUCCGGGCAGUGUUAAAUUUAUUUUUAAAAAAAGAUUGUGGUCUACAUUGUUUUCACCAAACAAAGUCAAACGGAGGUUCUCGCGGUGUCAGAGAUCUGUCUUAAGCUAAUGAGACGGUAGACAGUGAGGCUCUGCAUUGCCUUUGAUCAACUCAGACAUUCCUGUGAAGCGUCCAGUACAGUUCCCUUUGAAUAUUUUCCAGUGAUGCAAAUGGGUACGAAAAGAGUCGGUUUAAGAUGAAAAAUAGUGUCUUUGGGGGGAUGUACAAAAAUAAUUUCAGUAAAAAUCUAUGCUGACUAUGAAAGAACUAGUGCCACUCACCUUAUCAGUGCAGCACUUAUCAGUGCAACAUACUUUUGCUGCCAUUAAUGUUAUGAAAAUCAUAUUGCCAGAUACUAAAAAUGGUUGAGUAGGUGUGGCAUAAAUUCCUCAGUAACUUGUGCGUUAACCAAACCAUUCAAGUUCUGACUCAUGAAGUCGCUGUGCAAGUCACGUACACGCGUUUUGCUUGAUUGUUAUUUAUAAUGAUAUACUGUAUGAUUACAGUAAGGUAUAAUUUAUUACAUUGUAAUGAGCUAAUGAUAUUUUUGAGAAUAGAAAUAUUUAAAUGCUUUUGAAGCCCAUCGGCUCUACUCCCUCACUCAAAUCUGAUCCACUGGCCCAGUAAUCAGAGUGAUAGCGUAUGUGUGCACCUCAAUUCAAACUGUGCCUAUAUAUUGUAUUCAGUCCGCAUGCAAACCAAAAGAGAAAACCCUUGAUUCAGUGUGAGAGUUGACACGCUCUGCUGCGUCUCUGCCAAUGUUGGCCUGUCCCUGGUCUGCGGUGCUGCAGGAAAGCCCAGAGAAGCAGUGGCAGCCAUCACACGGGCAGAAGAUAGAGCAGCAUGCAUCCCUGCCUUUCUUCAGAUAAGACCCGGAAAAGCAGAUUAUUCCGACCCGUUUCCCUCUCCCCCUCCAGUGUGUGUGGAGGUUGAGGGUGGGGGCGGUGGGGGGGAUAUUUUUAGGUUUGUGUGGCGCUGUUAUCUGACAUUGCCUUUUCAGCACCUCGGAGGAGAGGGUGGCCAGAGGAGCUACAUGACCUUGCCACCCUCUCUGCAAUAGCCUGGCAUUGCUAAUAUGUGAAAUUGUAUUUAAAUGCCGUCAGUAGCGAUCAUCAAUAAACACCAAGUCUUGUCGCUUGAUGUUCAA